UUUGUAAGAGCUGCCUUGUGAGACAUAUUGAACUUGUUAAUCGAUGUCCAACAUGCAACACUGUUAUUCAUGAGACACAACCACUUUAUAAUAUCAGGUAAAAAUUAAUAUUAAUUAUAAGUAAGUUGUAUUACAAAAUAAGUGGAAAAUGUUUUCUCGCACACCGCUGAGACCUGGGCCCAAGGGGUUAUUUUGAGUCACGUGCUCAUUGUUGUUUGUCAGUUGCUUUUUUGCUGUCUUCUGUUGCUGAUGGAAAUUUCAGAGCAUGAUAGUUUUUUCGAGGAUUUAUCGCCUAUAUCAUUUGUUGUUUUUUGUGCUGUACCAUGAGUGCAAAGACGAUUAGGUCAAAGUCUCAGUCCGGAGCAAUUCUUAUUUUUUAUGACUGUAGCGAAACUCUUCUCCAGUAUUAAUAUUGAUAAAUAUUCCCCCAGGUGAUCAGGGAGACAAUGAUCUUGAGAUUAGUCUACAUUGUUCUUUCAACCAGAGGCUGCUCACCUCGGAGACCUGCUGUGGUUAUUAGUACGACCGGACACGAAAAUCAUUGUCUCCUGUUCACUUGUGAUUUUGCAAUGAUUGCAAAGUGUCUUGAGAGCUUUACCAGUAGCUUUAGAGGUUUUGGCAUUGUCAGGUACAAUCAAAACUGGUGUGCCUCAUCUUUCUGUUGAUGAUCUUAGCAGAUCCCACCAGGUGGGAUCCCGCAAUCUCACAUUUCGGUUUUGGAAAAAAUCUAUUUACUGGGUAUUCUGGACUUUAAAUUCUCUAUUCAUAUGUUUCUCCUAUGGUUAUGGUUUUAUUAUACUAGAAAUGAUGUGAAUCACAUUCUCUUCACAGACUUGACAGAACUAUGCAAGAUAUUGUUUACAAGCUCCUUCCAAGGAUUGAAAGGGGUGAGCUAGCAUUAAGAGUAACAUGGUUAAUAUUAAUCUUUUUCAAAACUGAUUCAAGACAUUGCCUGAAAUAUCUCACAUGAAGUGAUCAUAAGACACGGACUAUCCUAUUAGUUUUUGUAACUGUUUCUGAUUACAUGUAGAUGAUACAAUUAAUUGAACCUUUCACUUUUACCCCAAGUUUGGUCAAUGUUAUUUGGACUGAACCCAGAAUUUAAGUAAACCCAGCUACUUAUAUAACUUUGUUGAUUAGUGCAUCCUGUUUCUUUGAUUUCAGAGGAAAGGCGCAGAGAACGCAAGUUCUAUAAAGAUAGGCAGAUACCAUAUCCAACCCCCAGAGGUAUUUCCGCUGAUUUUAAGAAAUGAUAAUAUUAUUAUCUGCCCAGCUUGCAGUUCUAUAAUAGUCCAUUUUCGAGGUCACUAUGACCACUGAAUUAAAGAAGUGAAGAUGAAUUUUUUACAGCCUUAGCCUCAAUCUGAAGUAAUAUAUUCACAAAGUCCAACGAGAAAAAGACCUGUUUAUUACUCUGUCUAUUGUGUAUAUUCAAAUAAUAUUAUUUGAAACACUUACUUGCCAGAAUUUCUGAAUAUUUUACUUUACGUCAAGGCUAACCCUGUAUGAAUGUGUUGUUAGUUUUUGUAUUCAGCCGUAAUUUUUAAUUUGAAAGUGGACUAUUGUCAGUGCUUAAAAUAAUUAUAAAAUCUAUAUUUUUUCUGUCUGUUGGGUCUGGCCCUGCUCCAACUACAUGCAUUUCCAUUUAAUUGCUAUAAUGUGGGAUCAAGAAAAUGUUCUAUAAAUUGCAAUUUAAAUUUGUCGUUUUUGCUCCUUUACAUUUACAUCACUAUCUGUACAGUCAUUUUUUGUACCAUUUCUAUGGCUCUCGUGUCCAUCGCAUAUAACGCAGAAAGGAAUUAUGUAACAAACAGAAGGUGGUAUCAAGAAAUAAUACUUGUUAAUUAUUGAUAGUUCUGUUUUUUAUUGUUUGUUUGUCUUUUUUCUGUUGUAGCUUGUCAGACUUCAUCUGUACCAGGACCAUCAAAUGCCGUCAAGAAACAAACAGCAUCAUUACCCAAAAAAAUAAGCAAACCAAAAGUAACAAAAAACUAUCAUAGAACAGAUGAACAAAUCUCUCUUCAACUUGAGACAUUUAGGUUAGUGAAAUAAUUGAUAAAUUAAUUUGGAAUUAAACCCUGCCUUUUAAUAGUUGUGAGAUGGAGGCUGUGUGGUUAGAGUGGGGGGGUAACCCUGUGAUGGACUAGCAUCCCGUCCAGGGGGAAGUAGCUAUACUCCAAGGCAGCUUCAUGCUAAGGAAAUCUGAAUAAGCUCCUGCUGUUUGGGCCUUUGACUCGUGUGCGCCUUUUACCUUACUUUUUUACCUUAGUUGCGAGAUUAAGUGAUACACCUGUAUAGAUUAUUUAACUAGGCUUAAGAGAGCAUGAAACUGUCUUGAAGAUAACAUUGUUUCCAUAAAUGAAUACCUGGAAAAGAUGUAAUAAAUGUACACCAAAAGCCACUGCAAGAUGUUCACUUCUUUUUUUGACCAAAUAGAAUGUUAUCAGACAGUGUGAUAGCAAGUUCGCCCAGGGGUGGUUUUUACAAUAAACUGGGGUUCCACUGUAUUAUGUACUAUAAAUCGAGUUCAAGGUAUGUACUGUGAGUUACAGACCAAGUUUUUUUGCCAUUGAUUUAUGGCAGCUUUGUGAAGUGCAUUGACCGUAAAUCAAUAGGGAAAAUGAGCAUCUGUAACGUAAAGUAUGGACUGAGAGUAUGAGGCUAGUAAAAAAAUUGUUUUAUCUCAGAGGUUAUUUGGCAUGUGGGAAAGGGAACAUGUUAGGGCAGUAUACUGAAAUAUGGCCAGCAACAUUCACCAAUCACAGUGCAUGUACUUACUAGGAGAUAUUAUAUGCGUAAUAAACAUCUACUGAUAAAUUAACUGAAUCAGAUGUUUAACUCCAGUCCUCCUGUCUGAAUACAUCACCCAGACAUAUAUUUUUUUUGAAGGGCUUAUAUCAUGUGUGUUAAGAAGAGGCUUAAUAAAAUAUUAGGUUUCAAUUAGAUUAUGGCAUUAUACAGUAUAUCUUACAUGCCAGUUGUAAAUUGUCCAUGUAAUUAGCAUUGUUUUGUGGACUUUUUUUCUGGAAGUAUCUAGCCAGCUUAGCCAGUGCGCACUCGCGUGGCAUUGCUUGCUUGUAGGCUCGAAAAUAGCGCUAUAUAAAUCAAGUGUAAUGUAAUGUAUAAAUAAAUAAAUAGAUAUUAGUAUUACUAACUAUAACUAACUUCAUUUCUAUGUGGCUGGAUGAUAAUGUUAUUGUUUACUUGUUAAAAUUGCAGAGAUGGAAGUGGUGGCCCAGCAAAAAUACAGGUAAAUGUUAACGUUGUUUCUUUUUUAGUUUUGAAAUAGGUCAAGAAGCCAUUGGAAUCUCAUAAAGACUUGUAUGCAAUAUUGAACAAAUCAGUAUUGACGAAAGUUGAAAUAAAAGCCCAAUUGAUGCACUCUGACUGCACUUAUUUGCACCAUAAAUGUAUCUGUGUUGUUGUUAGUUGUCGUUUUUGAAUGGCUCGCUACUCUGAAGAGGUUAGGGAGGGGGGUUUAGAACUUAAAGAAUGUUAUUAAAAGGGAAAAAACGUAUGCAGCGUUUAGGGAAUAUGGGAGUGAACUUUUUAUUUAUUGACUGAUUCAUUGAUUGAUUGAUUGGUUGAUUGAUUGAUUGAUUGACUGAUUGAUUGAUUUAUUGAUUGAUUGAUUGGUUGAUUGACUGACUGAUUGAUUGAUUGGUUGAUUGAUUGAUUGAUUGGUUGAUUGACUGACUGAUUCAUUAAUUAAUUGAUUGAUUGCAGCCACUUCAGAAGAAAUACAUGAGACUCUACUCAAGUCACCAUUGGCUUAAUACAAAGAUUUUUGGCAGCUAAACUACACUUGGAAUCUGCGAACAUGGUAAAAAGAUUGCAGUUUAGUUUGUCUCUUUUAAACCUAAAUCGCUGCUCGUAAGACGCUACGCGCCAAAAGUGAAACGCGCCCACCUGAAGCAGAAACACGCUUGUAUCACUUCGUUUUCACUCGUACUCUAGACCGUUUCAUUUUACCAGUGCUCUCAUUCAUGGCCAACGCAAAAUACGGCUGUUUUGCUGUCUACAUAUACAUCUGUCGCCGAAAAUGGUUACGGUGGAAAAAAUACAAACAGUCACAUUCUUGGAAACCAAAAUAAGAUAGAUAGUGAAGCAAGAGAAAAUUUCUACGAGCAGAGGGUAAGAAAUGGGUGCUGUCGAGUUUUUUCCCUUUUGGUACUGUUCCUCGCCUUACUAUAAAUCCAUGCCUGGCUUUAUCAGGAUGAAAAAACGCAUGAUUUUUACUCUGUGUAUGGAUUGCAACUUGCAGUCCGCCUUUGAAUCCGUCGACUUCUCUUCCGUGGGCAUCAGUACACCCUCGUUUAUCGCGGCUUUCGGGGGCAUACGCCCUCGUUUAUCGCGGCUCGCGGCUGAAGAGACUACGCACAGUUUACUCAGUUCAGUAGUUACACGCCAACUUAAUUAGCUAGACGAGUCUUCUGAUCGGAUAGUGUGGUUAUUAGUUGUCCUUGAUCACAUUGUUCGUUGUACAACUGAUUGAAAAAACGUUGUCGCUUGAAAAAAGAUUUGCAUCUGCACGAGCAGCUCGUGAUAAUCAAAAGUUUUGUUGAAAGAACUUUGAAUUCGCUUUUCUUAUGAACGUACAGUCAACUCUCGCCAAGACGGACACCUUUGGGACCGACACUAAGUGUCCGUUUUAGAGAGGUGUCCGUCUUAUAAAGAGUCAAAUAACGGGAAUAAGCAAAGGCAGGGACCAAAUCUAGGUGUCCGUUUUACAGAGGUGUCCGUCUUAUAGAGGUGUCCGUUAAGAGAGAGUCGACUGUGUACCCAUAUCGCUCAUGGUUUAUACUCUUUAAGCGGCAACGUUUUUUCAAUCAGGUAUAUUAUUUAGUGUAACUCGCACACUCGUUAAUGACGUAUCCUCUGUUAGGUUGGUAUCCUGUUUGACAAAAUGGAAAUAGGGAAAGAUUUAACGCUAAAAUACAUCAGCGAAAAUCUCUGCACCCAAGAGGUAUGGUUAUUUUUCUUUUUUAACUAAAUGUUUGCUGACCAUUAGUCUCCUAUGCUGCCCUUCAUGAGGGACUUAAAGAUCCGACGACGUUGAAAACGCCGCUUAAAAACUGAAUUCCCAUUUUUUAAAUCUUCAUCGCGAUGUUUCCAUCCCACUUACUUUCCACUGGAAUUGAAUUUUUAACAUCACUUUUGAGAAUAUAUGUUGAAUAGCAUACGAAACGUCAAGUUUAAAAAAUGCGAAAACUCGCAAUGUUUAUCGCCGCUGUUUGUGUUUAAUUUUUGAUCAAACUAAGAUGGCCUAAGAACAAGAGUCUCUAUGAUACCAUAUCCAAGUGCAGAAAGAGUAGGAAAAUUUCCUCUUCGCUUGUUUAGGUCUUCCAUAUAACGUGAAGUUAGGCAUCGUUUCACGUGCAGUGACGGUAAAGAAAUUACCCAGGGUGCCCGAGGUUUUUUCAUCCUAGGUCUGAGAAUAUUGCUGUUUUAAUUUAGGUCAAUUUCUUACUGAAUACAUUGCUUAGUGCCUUUACCAAAACACAAAAUGUACCUGUAGCAUUAUGAUGUCAAACAAAUUUCACCAGGGAGCAUCAACCAUAAUAAUUAAUUGUUUUGUGAUUAGUAUUAACCCUUUAAACCCCAGUAUCCACAUACAAAUUCUCCAAACUCAUCUCCAUACAUUUCCUUAAAGAAUGAGUUGAGAGAAUUUGAUAAAAGAUCAAGGCAUUUUUACUCGGGUGAUCAUUUUAUUAAUUCUCGUAACUUAUCUGUUCACUGAUGUAUGGAUAUUGUUAGGAGAAAAUUCAAACCAUGUCCAUCCUUGUCAUCGCAUCCGUAGCAACAGACGAGAGAAAACAUUCUCAGUGCCUGAAUAUAGUCAAAAAUAACAAAACUGGGCCUUUAUUUUUGGCAUUUAAUUGAUGCGAAGACAAGUUUUAGCUGAUUAAAACGAUAGCAAGUAGCCUGACAUAAACCUGAUGCUUUUUGGACGUUCUCGUUGCUUCGCCGUCGUUUCAGGACCUUGAAGUCCCUAUUAUUUAGUCACGCACUGCUACUCCCUGCAGGAGAAAGAAUAAUAAUAAUAAUAAUUUACAUUUAUAUAGCGCAAACCUCUAUAUGAAUAUAUUCGGUUGCGCUUUACAAUAUUGUUAUAUUAAAUUUAUGUUAAAGGUGACUAAAGCAUGAGCAACUAUUAAAAACUACAAUAAAAAGUAUUAAAAACUAUAAAUAAAAAUAAAUAAAUAAAUAAUGAUAAUAAUUAAAAAAAAAAAAAACUAUUAUAAAAGCCAACAAUUAAAUCUAUUUAAAAGCUAAAUUGAAAAAAUGAGUUUUAACAGCAGUCUUAAAAGUGUCCAAUGUCUUCAUGUUGCGAAUUUCCGAAGGUAAUGCAUUCCAGAGAUAAGGUGCAGCUGACUGGAAUGCACGAUCGCCAAGAGUUGGAUGGGUCUUAAUGCAUGGUAACUCGAGGAAUAUAGACUCAUUUGACCUUAGAGAGUACUUGGAUUGCUUUUUGGUAGUAAUGAAAUCAAUUAGAUAAUUAGGAGCUUGACCAUAUAAGCACUUAAAUGUCAAAAGUAGAAUCUUAAACUUUAUACGGUAACUUAUUGGAAGCCAAUGAAGGUGGAAAAGCAAUGGUGUAACAUGGCAGAAUCUAGGUGUUCCGGAGACCAACCGAGCCGCGGCAUUCUGUAUCCGUUGGAGUUUCAUGAUAUGUGAAUUCGGGAGGCCAUAUAGUAGACUGUUACAAUAAUCUAUUCUACUGGUGAUAGAAGCAUGAACUAAUGAUUCGGUGACUGAACGACUUAAAUAUUUCCUAAUUCUACGCAUGUUAUAAAGAUAAUUGAAAGCGGAUGAGCAAGUUUUGUUGAUAUGACUUAGCAUACUCAUUUUAGUAUCAAACCAAGCUCCUAGGUUUCGAACUUCAGAAGAUGGAGCAAUUUGGGAGUCCCCAACCGAUAAGGUACUAAUGUUACUGACUUUCUGAAGUUGUUGUCGUGUUCCAAUCAGAAGACAUUCUGUCUUAUCGGAAUUCAGUUUUAACUUAUCCGAAUGCAUCCAUCUACUGAUAUCAGCAAUACAUGAUUCCAUGGCAGUUAUAGCAGCGGUCUCCUCCAAAUCAUUUCCUGAUCUAAACGCGAUGUACAGUUGCGUGUCAUCUGCAUAACAAUGGGAAUUAGGAAGAUGUGAUUCGACGAUCUUAAAAAGUUUACUAGCAUAGAGGGAAAACAAUAAUGGCCCGAGACAGCUGCCUUGUGGAACUCCAAAUUUAAGAUUAAAAUUACUCGAUAGAACUCCGUCUAUAUAGAUGCGCUGGGUUCUGUUAGAAAGGUACGAUUCAAUCCAAUUAAGUGCAGAGCCUGAAAUUCCAAAAUCAAACUGAAGGCGAUCUAAGAGAAUCCUAUGGUCCACGGUAUCAAACGCGGCGCUUAAAUCAAGAAGCACUAAGAAGCUGCCCUGUAGCAAGUCUCUCUCUCGAUGAAAAUCAUUCUCGUCCCCAGAGCCUUCUGUUCUCUUAGCCGGCGAUGUCUGAACACGAGGACGAGGAGGUCCUCAGUCUCUCGUGCUCAGGGAUCCUCAGGCCUCGCCGGCUCAGGGAAUAGGACGGGUAGGACGGAACUCUGGGAACGAGGUUGGGCGGGAAGGAGAAAACGGGCGAGAUUUUGCCCCUCUUUUUUCUCAUGCUUCUUUACGCUUUGUCACCAGUCACUCGUGUGUCUCGUGUCCUCGAAAAACGAGGCCCCUUAGGAGGGGCAGAGAAAGAAGUCUUCCGAGCCUUUUUUUCCCGCACUCACACUUUUUUUUCGUUUUCAGGAAAAUUCUUCUGGACCACUGAUUCUUCAUUACAGAGCAGUGGAUGUAAAAACCUGAAUCAUUGGGCAGUGUAUGGUGUCAGAAACAGAAUAAUUUCUUCUUGCUUAGCACAGUUAAUACUCGCAUCAUGAGCGUAAAAUUUGUGAGGAUAGGAACAAGAUGUCCUUGAAAAAAUGCGUGCUCAAAAAUUUUUUAAAAGAAUUCCUUCAGCCUGCAUUCAUCGCUGCGUUACCUCCCUUCCCCCUGCAAAAAAUUUUGACGUUGCAUUUCUGUUCAUUUCUUUACAACUUACUCGUCAUACUUUAUGACCAAUCACACAUCUUGUUUGGAAGGAUAAAAGUGUGUUUACAGAAAAUGUUACUGAGAGUCUUUCUCUAAACCAGAGCUGGCAAAACGCUUGGCCUGACUUGGGAUAUUUAAGACCCACCCUUCCCCGUAACCCAGUGUUGACAAUAAUUUCCUACUUAAAACAAAAUGUUGUGUCUGGGGAGGGGUAGGUUGCCAGUUUCUCCAGAAUCUUACACUGAUCCAAAUCUUCCUAAGGGGAGGAAGGGAAGGAACGAUCACCACCUGACUUCUUCCGAAACGUGGGUCCUUUUCAAAGAAUAACCUCCCUUGAAAUGUAUGCAGUAGCUUAGCUAUUGGCCUGGAAAACAAGCGUUUCUGGAGCGUUUAAGCGGGGUUUGAUGCGCCAGCGAGCGCCUCCAAAAUACGGGUGUUGCAGCCUAACGAAUCUGAAUGCUUCUGUUUUAACUGCCUCUGUACGAAUUUGUCUAGUUAGAGCACUGAAAGAGAGAAAAUCUCAACUUCCGGUUGCCAUUUUUGACUUCCGGGACGUCAACGUUGUCGUUGCGUAGGGUUAAGGGUUGGUUGUCGUUGCUAUUGGGUCAAAGGGUAGGUUUGUUAUGGUAUCUUGCAUUACGUAGCACGGUCUGCAAGACCACCAAACUACUAUUAACCAUAGCGUGUUUAGUUAUUGACCUGGUGUUGCUCCGGUGCGUUGAUGGUCGGCUAGGAAAAUAUCGCACCAGUUUCCUAACCAAUCACAGGUUUAAUCUAAACAAUCCGGACUUAUUCGCAGCCAGCAUUUUCGCGCCAUAGUGUUCUAAAGCGAUGACGUCGUAAAAAAUAUAAUAUUAGAAUUAAUGGGAUUUGUUGGAUAUUUUGAAAGAACAACAUCUGGAAGGUCUUCUGGCCAAACAAUCGCAUUGUGGGGCAAAUUGUCUCGGGAGAUUCUGGUCCCGUUUUGCUCUGAUGACUCCAC